GUCUGCCCUUGAGCUCGCGAAACCGACUGCUCAGGCGAGCGUGGCUCAGUGCGAUCAGGGGUCCGUGCGUGCGUGCGCGUGCGGGAUGAAGCCGCGCUGUUGCGUGUUUGGAUAGAACAAAUGCGGUUGGAUGUUUAGCGUGAGGAUGAGUUAGGAGUGAACACAGCUCGGGAACACAGAGACACACGGUGUAAAGUGGAAGCUUGUCUCUGUAUCUCAGGACAGGACAGGUUCAUGGACGCCGGGUGCUGUGUGUGUGCGCGCGCGCGUGUGCGCGCGGUGAGACUGAGAAACUAGACAAUGUGGAGAACACACGGUGCUUAUUCAGCGUUUUCUUGCGUUUUCAUGCGUUUUCUGGUGAAGCUCAGCCAGUAAUAAACUUCUCCCUGAGCUCUGGACUUCACUGGGAGUGUUUCACCUCCUCCUGCGACUAAUACACCCAGUACACCUAACUGCUGGAUAUGUGCUGAGAUGAGAUCUGGCUUUAAUAUGAAGGCGGGAGAGCUGUGCGUGAAAAGCUGCGGGUGAAACACGCACGAUGGAGAAGGCAAACGGCACGCGCGCACCGCAGCAGCCUCAGCUCCGCAUCAACGUCCCGAGUACAGCCAGGGAGAGAGUGUCCAGCGUGGAUCCGUAUGGCUUUGAGAGGUCUAACGACUUUGAUUACGAGUCCUAUGAGGAGCUCAUGUCCGACUAUUUGGCUGUUCUCACUAAAAGGUCAAUCAAGUGGUCAAAACUGCUGCAGGGGAAAAGACGCAUCGAGAAGAAUCUUAAACUAAAGCGUUAUGUACGGAAAGGGAUCCCAAACGAAUACCGAGCUCUGAUCUGGAUGGCAGCAAGCGGCUCCCAGGAGCAGAUGGAGAAGAAUCCAGGCUACUACAAUUCACUCCUCCAGGCGCAACAUGACCCUAAACUCGUGGAGACCAUCCGCACAGAUUUGCACAGGACGUUCCCAGACAACGUGCAGUUCCGGAAGACGGCGGAGCCGUGCCUGCAGAAGCCCUUGUAUAACGUUCUGGUGGCGUACGGACACCACAACAAGGCAGUGGGAUAUUGUCAGGGGAUGAACUUUAUUGCUGGGUACCUCCUCAUCAUCACCAAAGAUGAAGAGAAGUCCUUCUGGCUGAUGGAGGCUUUGCUAGGCAGGAUACUUCCAGAUUUCUACACACCAGCCAUGUUGGGCCUGAAGACAGACCAGGAGGUGCUGGGAGAGCUGGUGAAGGUUAAAGUGCCAGCUGUUUGGCAGGCCAUGGUGGAACACAACGUCAUGUGGACACUGGUGGUGUCACGCUGGUUCAUCUGCCUCUUUAUUGACAUCCUCCCUGUAGAGACUGUUCUGCGUAUCUGGGACUGCCUUUUCUAUGAGGGCUCUAAGAUCCUAUUCCGUGUGGCGCUCACUCUGAUCCGUCACAACCAGGCCCUGAUCUCACAGGCUCGGAGCCUCCCAGACAUCUGCGACUGUUUCAAACAGAUCACCAAAGGAGCCUUUGUGGAGGACUGCCACCCGUUCAUGCAGAACAUUUUUAAAGAACCUGGAAGCCUCUCCAUGGCGACCAUCACCAAGCUGCGGGUGGUGUGCCGAGCACGGAUUAUGGCUGAGGAAUCUUGACUCACCCCUAAUGCUUCAAACAUUCCAGACUUGUAUUUGCACUGUCCUGUUAUUAUUUUUUUUUUUUUAAAUCUGAUGGCUGAAACUGUUCAUACGAACUAUAUCCUGUAUAGAAGCUCAACACUAAACUACACUACAGUGAGAAACCAGGGUCAUAUGCUUUAGUCAAUAUUACAUCCAGUACGCUCCACAUUUGGACUUGCAGUCAAUGAGCUGAGUGACAUUUUUUUUUUUUGGUCACAAUUGGUGAUGGCACAAGUCUUUAAAAGUAUGAGCAUGAUGUAGCCUUUCCUCCAAAAGCUUGUACAGUUAUAUUUUGGUUACCUUGCACAUUUCUCCAGAUAGACCAUUUUUGGAUCUAUCAGAUUUUUAUGACUGUUGCUAAACUACUCUGAAAUGAAGAGCUCGGUACUGUUGCAUUAUUACACUGGGUAAUUUUUUCAAUUAUGUUUGUGAAAUACAUGUUAAGUUGUUGGUACAGGCAAUUUUAACUGUAAAAUUAGUUCUCAUCACACCUGCAAUCACUUUAUAAACAAGAGAAUGAAGGGUUUCUUACAGUGAUACAGUGCUGCAGUUUCUAAUGAACUCUGUGUAGUCAGUUUUCUAAGUGGACAAUAUUAAAAUAAUCUGGAUUACA